AUGUCUCGUCCUACUCUCAGAAAAGUACUCGCCUUGAAGCCACGGUCCGCCGUAGGCUCGGUCCGCUUCACAAAUGCCACCACCGCAGACAGACCGCAGGCGCCAAAGCCGAUCAAGGACAGCACGUCCGCCUUGGAGUACAAGAUGCACCGUCCAACUCGCGCCAUGCCCCAAGCUUCCACGCCCCGCGCUCCAUCAGCCGAGGAAGCUGUCACAAAUAUCCUCUACAACACUCCUCCGCCCUCAACCGAGCCCUACAAGAGGCAUCUGCUGAACUGCCUGGUGCAAAACGAGCCGGGAGUGCUCUCGCGCGUAUCCGGUAUUCUCGCUGGAAGAGGCUUCAACAUUGACUCCCUGGUGGUGUGUCAGACAGAGGUCCGGGAUCUCUCGCGUAUGUGUAUCGUCUUGAAGGGUCAAGACGGUGUCGUCGAGCAAGCCCGGCGACAGCUGGAAGAUAUCGUACCCGUCUGGGCGGUCCUCGACUACACGUCCACCUCGAUCGUCGAGCGCGAACUCCUCCUCGCCAAAAUCUCCAUCCUCGGCCCCGAGUACGCACAGGAGCAGCUUUCCGGCUCGUCGGGCUCGGCGACACACUCGGCGGACUUUGAUCAGGCGGUGAUGGAGCAGAACCCGGCCGACGGGGCGCACGCCUUUGCCUCGACGGAGGGUGAGCAGACGUCGACGCAGGCGGCAGAUCGGGACGAUAGGGAGCAGGCACUCGCACGGUCGUUCGAGGCGGGUGGGGGACCGGACGGAGCCGGAUCGGGCGCGAUUGGGGCGGGACGCAAGGGCAUGUCGGCGAGCGAGGCCUUGAUUGCCAAGAACCUACACCUGUCGGGUAUCAAGAUGCUCGUUGAGCAGUUUGGGGGCAAGGUGGUGGAUGUGGCGGAGAACUCGUGCGUUGUCGAGUUGACGGCGAAGAGUAGCCGGGUCGACAACUUUUUGGGGUUGAUGCGGUCGUUUGGUGUGCUUGAGGCUGCCAGGUCAGGUGUGAUGGUCCUCCCCAGAACGCCGGUUGCGAGGUACGAGGACGAGGAGGAGACCAUGGUCGCUCGGGAAGAGAUGGAUCUGAGUCUGCUUCCUCCGGGAUAG